UCCUCUUUCUCCUUUCGUUUGGGGAAGUGUAGAGACGGCUGUAAGUGAAUCCCUUCUCCCAGCAGUCUGGGAGGAUGAGGCGGUUUCAGGUGCUGAAGAGCUUCCCUUUCUUCACGUCACAGGGAGCCAACGCCCAAGAUGGAGAGACCCGUUUACUCAUACCAAAGGGAGAAACAAGCGAAGCUUCGGCAGCCACAGCAUACCAGGGCACUGACUCCGAGCAGCAGCCCAGCGAUGUCGAAAAGUCCUCGGCCCCAGGUGCCACCAGCACCCCGUCCCUCUUCCGACGGACCGACACCCUGACAGACUACAUCCUGAAGAUCGUGCUGCUGACCUGCAACAUCCUGUUCACGGCCCUGGGCCUGGCGCUGCUGGGGCUGGGCAUAUGGGGGCUCGUCAACAAGGAGUCGUUUGCCCAGGAGCGCAUCGGGCAGCUGGGCACGGACCCCAUGCUGGUGUUCCUGCUCCUGGGGCUGCUGCUGUCGCUGCUGUGCCUGACGGGCUGCGUGGGCGCGCUGCGGGAGAACUACUGCCUGCUGCGCAUCUUCUCGGCGCUGGUGCUCACCAUGGUGGCGGCGCAGGUGCUGGCGGCCAUCAUUGCCUACAGUCUACAGGAGCGCAUCGUGGACGUGCUGCGUUCCGGAAUGCUGACCGCCAUGGUGCGUUACCAGGACGACAUAGACAUGAGGUUCAUCACGGACGAGAUUCAGAUGGGACUGCAGUGCUGUGGAGCCGACGACUACCGAGACUGGGAGAUCAACGUGUACUACAACUGCUCGGCGCCCGGGGCUCAGGCGUGUGGCGUCCCUGCCUCCUGCUGCCUGGACCCGCUGGAGAACGGCACCGUGUGGAACUCGCAGUGCGGCGCGGGGGCCCUGCUGCUGGGGGAGUUCACGGCCCAGACCGUGGUGUUCCUCGGGGGCUGCCUGGGAGCCAUGGCCCGCUGGAUCGAGCAGCACAACGGACUCAUCGGUACCGUGGUGGUAGUGGUGCUGGUGGUGGAGCUCGUGGUGCUGUUUGUCAGCACGCGGCUGAUGGAUAAGAUACAGUGGCAGAGGAGGGCAAUGAGCCGGCGGGCUGCACAAGAACAGCCAUCCAAGACAUGAGGGAUACUAAGCCCUGUGUGUGAUAUGGACAACAGAAAUACGCACAUGAAAUGCACACACACGCACACAAACACACACACACACACACACACACACACACACACACAGGCGUGUGCGCACAUUCACACACACACAAACACACACACCUCUUUCUCCUCUCUCUCGCUCUCACACAGACCCCUCUCUCUCUCUUUCUGUCUGUCUCUCUCUCACACACACACACACACACAGGCACUGCACACUCACACGGCGCUCACACACACACACACACACACACACACACACACACACACACACACACACACACACACACACACACACACACACACACACAGCCAUAGUCCUUCCACAGGAUGCAGCUGGGAUCUGUUGAAAAGAUUUGGUAUAUAUUUUUUUUGUUAUCAUUUCAUAAUUCACUAUUCUCGCUUUUAACGUUUGCUUGUCACUGUG